UAUAUAUUUUUAUAGUGUUUUUUAAAUAAUCUAGAUAGCUAGAUAACGUCGUAUAGUCAGGGAAGGGUGACUGCUCCAAAGAUGGAUACAUACGUCCUGUUUUUGGGCUCCAAGAGGGUGACUGUCAGACCAGAAGACCUCACCACGGACAAGAUCAGUGUCAUAUUUCAAGUGCUGAAGAACACGGUGUACUUAACCGAUGACCAUAAUGUAGCCAUCUUCCCCGAACCCGAUGGCCACUUCAUCUCUGUGGACCUGGUGGACCGGGGCCACUACGAGGUACAUGGAGAUGCGUCGGCAGCAGCAGCAGCAGCAGCACCACCACCACCACCACCACCCGCAACAGCAACAGCUGCAGUGGAAGGUGGAGCGAGAUUUUCGUUCCAGCGACCUGUGGCCAGUGCUGUUGCCCGGACAAAGGCAUUUCAGAGGAAUAUUUACAUCGGUGAGGUAGUGGAGGGGAAGCUGGAAUCCAACAAAACGCUUACUGUGCGUUUUUCUGAGUUUGAGGCGACUGUGCCGUCCAUCCUGGCCAAAGUGUUGGAGGCGCUUGGUGACCCAGAGGACAUGGUCCUCACUGAUGGCCAGGGCAACGCCAUUCUGGAUUCGGAAGGCACCAGAGGAUCCAACUUCUGGAAGCAGAACUCCAGAAAAAUCUUUGCCAUACCAGAGAGUCAGCUGGGCCAGACUGGCAAAAGGAGGCGCCUAAGUCGUAGAGAAGACAACUACCAGGACGUGCUGACCGACAUUGAGGAGGUAAUCGAGGCAGCCCAGGGCCUGAGGGAGGUCACCAAGACCCUCAAGGAAGCCACGGCCGGGACUGGCAGGACAACACUCCUGUGCCUCCAAGAGGGAGAGGUCAAUGCCCUGAGGACAGUCUUCAGCUGCCUUGUGUGCACAGGUCCUGUGGAAAAAGCCGUGUUUGCAUCUUGCUGCAGGAGCAUCUUAGGAUGCAGGGAGUGCAUCCACAGGUGGGACCAAGGGCACGAUUACUGUCCAAAAUGUAGGUCCCCUGUGGACAGCAGGGUAAUUACUGAGGUGGCGGGUUUUGAUGAGGCCAUGGCCGUGCUGGCAAAACUUUUUAAAAAAAUAAUAAAACAAUAUUGAUUUCAACACGAUUCACAAGUAUUUAUUUAUGUAUUUAC